AUGUCCGAAUUCUCGUUGCAAUAUGUUCCGCAAAAGGCAGUAAAAGGACAGGCAAUAGCAGACUUUCUCGCUCAUCACCCACCUUCAGAGCUCACGGCGUUUCGAGAGUUGGAAUUCGCUGCCGUGACACUCGCUCCAUGGACCCUGUACUUUGAUGGUUCACGAACUGAUACCGCGGCCGAAGCCGGGAUAGCCAUAGCCAAUCCCGCUGGAGAUCGCUUCUCCUACUCGUUCCAGCUCGAUUUCAAAUGCACCAAGAACCAGGCUGAGUACGAGGCGCUGAUCAUCGGCCUAGAGAUUUUGUUGGAUUUAGGAGUCCGCGAGGUUCAGAUCUUUGGCGAUUCUUUGUUGGUCGUUAACCAGCUGGUGGAAAAGUUUAAGUGCUUCAGCUCGUCCAUUGAGCCAUACCUGCGCAAGGCAUUUGAGGUGUUGGACCGAUUCGACGACGUCUACAUCGAGCACAUACCACGUGAGUUCAACUUCGCCGCCAACGAGCUCGCCCAAGUAGCGUCUGGUCUCAGCCUGCGCGACGGCGUGCGCGAACGUUUGCUCAAAGUCGAACGCCGCACGCUUCCCUCUUUCAUCGCUAGGGGGCAAUUUCAGGCCGACACCCCCGAAGUUGCGGCCUUGGACCCUAUCGACGAGGAUUGGCGGCUACCAUUUAUCGCCUACCUCCAGAACCCCAACGACGCCGCUCACUCCAGGCAAAUACGUUUCCUCACCUUAAACUUUGUUUUACGCAAUGGCGAACUCCGGCGGCGUGGGGAAGACGGAAACGAUUUCCGCUGCGUGUAUGGGAACAAAGCUAAACGUAUCAUGCGCGAAGUCCAUUGUGGAGUUUGCGGUUCGCACCAGGCCGGGCCAAAAAUGCGUUGGUUAAUCCGUCGCCAUGGGUACUACUGGCUAACAAUUCUGAAAGACUGUAUUGCCUUCGCCAAAGGUUGCCAAGACUGCCAGGCUCACGGACCAGUGCAACAUAUUCCCAACAUCCCGUUGCAGCCUAUCAUUAAACCUUGGCCGGGUCGCGGUUGGGCGAUAGAUUUCGUUGGCAUCAUUCAUCCCCAUUCUUCUGAGCAGCAUAAGUUCAUUAUCGUCGCCACCGAUUUCUUUACCAAAUGGGUCGAGGCCGAACCACUCAAGGUUGCCUCCGCCAACUCGGUGCGCAACUUUAUUUUCCGCAAUAUCAUCUCCCGCUUUGGUAUCCCGGAGUGUAUCGUUACGGACAGGGGGGCAGCUUUCAUGGCUGAUUCAGUUGUUAAGUACUUAAACGACUACGGAAUCAAGCUUCUCCACUCUACGCCAUAUUAUGCACAGUCCAACGGCCAGGCGGAGGCUAGUAAUAAAGUCAUCCUUGGCAUCCUCCGCAAGAUGUUGGAGUUGAACCCGCGUGCCAUGUGGCAGGAACUUGAAGAUCUUGACGAGCACCGCGUCACCGCUUUCAACAAUCUCGUCCUCGAGAAACAACGCAUCGCACGUUCGUAUGAUAAGGUCACGCGCGGACGGAGCUAUGCUGAGGGCCAGAAAGUGUGGCGCGCGGUACUCCCACUUAGGGACAAAACCGACGGUCGGGGCAAGUGGUCCGCUCGAUGGGAAGGCCCCUUUAUUAUUCAUCGUAUACUCCCCAAGGGGGCAUACCACCUGCGCGACUUGGACGGUACCAUUCAUCGCAAUCCUAUUAAUGGCCGCUUCCUCAAGCGCCACAUUGCAGGAGUUUGGGAACGCGAGGAUCCUCCGCCUCCCCCAGACCCCGUCACCACAGUCAAUAGUGCUACGCGCCAUCGCGUUCUCGCUCCACCGCCUAACACUAGGGGGCAAUCCGGGAUAGAAGACUGA